CUCAAGAUGGCUUUAGCCGGGCUCUGCGCCCUGCUUGCCUGCUGCUGGGGGCCGGUAGCGGUGCUGGCCACGGCCGCCGGCGACGUGGAUCCAUCCAAGGAGCUGGAGUGCAAGCUCAAAAGCAUCACCGUGUCGGCGCUGCCCUUCCUGCGUGAGAAUGACCUGAGCAUCAUGCAUAGCCCCUCGGCCUCGGAGCCCAAGCUCCUCUUCUCGGUGCGCAACGACUUCCCGGGGGAAAUGGUCGUGGUGGACGACCUGGAGAAUACGGAGCUGCCCUACUUCGUGCUGGAGAUCUCAGGGAACACGGAGGACAUCCCUCUAGUACGCUGGAGGCAACAGUGGCUGGAGAAUGGCACUUUACUUUUUCACAUCCAUCACCAAGAUGGUGCUCCGAGCCUUCCUGGACAAGACCCAACAGAAGAGCCCCAGCACGAGUCAGCAGAAGAGGAGCUGAGGAUCCUCCACAUCUCUGUUAUGGGUGGCAUGAUUGCUCUGCUGCUGUCCAUCUUGUGUCUGGUGAUGAUCCUGUACACACGGCGGCGCUGGUGCAAGCGUCGCCGUGUCCCUCAGCCCCAGAAGAGUGCCAGUGCUGAAGCAGCCAACGAAAUCCACUAUAUCCCUUCUGUGCUGAUUGGCGGCCAUGGGAGGGAGAGUCUGCGCAAUGCCCGUGUGCAGGGCCACAACUCCAGCGGCACCCUGAGCAUCCGGGAGACCCCUAUCCUGGACGGCUAUGAGUACGACAUCACAGACCUGCGGCACCACCUGCAGAGGGAGUGCAUGAAUGGAGGAGAGGACUUUGCCAGCCAGGUCACUCGCACCCUUGACUCCCUGCAGGGCUGCAAUGAGAAGGCAGGGAUGGACCUCACACCAGGAAGUGACAAUGCCAAGCUAUCAUUGAUGAACAAGUACAAGGACAACAUCAUUGCCACCAGUCCCGUGGAUUCCAACCACCAGCAAGCCACCCUUCUCUCUCACACCUCCAGUAGCCAGAGAAAGCGGAUCAACAACAAAGCAAGAGCUGGAUCCGCCUUCCUGAACCCUGAAGGGGAUUCAGGAACAGAAGCAGAAAAUGACCCCCAGCUGACCUUUUACACAGAUCCCUCACGGAGCCGGAGGCGCAGUAGAGUGGGUUCUCCUCGGAGUCCUGUGAAUAAGACCACUUUGACACUGAUCAGCAUCACCAGCUGUGUGAUCGGCCUUGUGUGCGCCUCUCAUGUCAGCUGCCCUCUCGUUGUCAAAAUCACCUUGCACGUCCCAGAGCACCUGAUUGCCGAUGGGAGCCGCUUCAUCUUGCUGGAGGGGAGCCAGCUGGAUGCCAGUGACUGGCUGAACCCUGCCCAAGUAGUACUGUUCUCUCAGCAGAACUCUAGUGGGCCCUGGGCCAUGGAUCUCUGUGCUCGGCGGCUCCUGGACCCCUGUGAACACCAAUGUGACCCUGAAACUGGGGAAUGCCUCUGCUAUGAAGGUUACAUGAAGGACCCAGUACACAAGCACCUCUGCAUUCGGAAUGAAUGGGGGACAAACCAGGGGCCUUGGCCUUACACAAUAUUUCAGCGAGGCUUUGACCUGGUUUUGGGAGAGCAGCCUUCUGAUAAGAUAUUCAGGUUCACCUACACUCUGGGGGAGGGCAUGUGGCUGCCCCUCAGCAAGAGCUUUGUGAUUCCACCAGCUGAACUGGCCAUCAACCCAUCGGCAAAGUGCAAGACGGACAUGACAGUGAUGGAGGAUGCUGUGGAGGUCAGAGAGGAGCUGAUGACCUCGUCCUCCUUCGACAGCCUAGAAGUUCUCUUGGAUUCAUUUGGGCCAGUGCGUGACUGUAGCAGGGAUAACGGGGGCUGCAGUAAGAAUUUCCGCUGUAUCUCAGAUCGCAAGCUGGACUCCACUGGUUGCGUGUGCCCAUCUGGACUCAGCCCAAUGAAGGACAGCUCUGGCUGCUAUGACCGUCACAUUGGGGUGGACUGCUCAGACGGCUUCAAUGGCGGCUGUGAGCAGCUGUGUCUCCAGCAGAUGGCACCCUUCCCAGAUGACCCUACCUUGUACAACAUCUUUAUGUUCUGUGGGUGCAUUGAAGAUUACAAGCUUGGUGUGGACGGGCGCUCUUGCCAACUCAUCACGGAGACCUGCCCAGAUGGAGGUGACUGUGGGGAAAGCAGAGAGCUCCCCAUGAACCAGACCCUCUUUGGGGAAAUGUUCUUUGGGUAUAACAACCAUUCCAAGGAAGUGGCUGCUGGACAAGUGCUAAAAGGAACAUUCAGGCAAAACAACUUUGCACGAGGUUUAGACCAGCAACUGCCUGAUGGCCUUGUGGUUGCCACUGUCCCACUGGAGAAUCAGUGCCUUGAGGAAAUCUCAGAGCCCGUGCCAGACCCUGACUUCCUGACUGGUGAGUUGACCUCCCUACCCUUAUUUAACCAGCAAAAACCAGGCAGCUCCCUAUGGUUUCAUAAAAUCAAGACUCUUGACCUUGUACAAGCCCUCAGCAAUGCUCUGCACUCCCUGGAUGGGGCUACCUCUCGUGGGGAUUUUGUGGCCUUGUUGGACCAGUUUGGGAACCAUUACAUCCAGGAAGCUAUCUAUGGCUUUGAGGAGUCCUGCUCUAUCUGGUACCCAAACAAGCAGGUCCAGCGGCGACUCUGGCUGGAAUAUGAAGACAUCAGCAAAGGCAACUCUCCAUCCGAUGAGUCAGAGGAGCGGGAAAGAGACCCCAAGGUGCUCACGUUCCCAGAAUAUAUUGCCAGCCUGUCCGAGUCUGGCACCAAGCGCAUGGCGGCUGGAGUCCGCAUGGAAUGCCAGAGCAAAGGACGGUGCCCCUCUUCCUGCCCCCUGUGCCAUGUGACUUCCAGUCCUGACAUCCCUGCUGAGCCAGUUCUGCUGGAGGUGACCAGAGCAUCCCCCAUCUAUGAACUGGUGACCAACAACCAGACCCAGAGGCUCUUGCAAGAGGCCACCAUGAGCUCUCUCUGGUGCUCAGGGACUGGAGAUGUGAUUGAGGACUGGUGUCGCUGUGACUCCACUGCUUUUGGAGCUGAUGGACUUCCUACUUGUGCGCCUCUCCCACAGCCUGUGCUAAGACUCUCCACGGUUCAUGAGCCCAGCAGCACCCUGGUGGUCCUAGAGUGGGAACACUCAGAGCCACCAAUCGGGGUGCAGAUUGUAGAUUACCUUAUCCGUCAAGAGAAGGUCACCGACAGGAUGGACCAUUCCAAAGUGGAGACAGAAACAGUGUUGAGCUUUGUAGAUGACAUCAUCUCUGGAGCGAAGUCUCCUUGUGCCAUGCCAUCUCAGGUGCCAGACAAGCAACUCACCACUAUCUCUCUGAUCAUCCGAUGCCUGGAGCCUGACACCAUUUACAUGUUCACCCUGUGGGGAGUGGACAAUACAGGACGGCGCUCCAGGCCAAGUGAUGUGAUUGUGAAGACCCCUUGCCCUGUGGUGGAUGAUAUCAAAGCCCAAGAAAUAGCAGAUAAGAUCUACAAUCUCUUCAAUGGCUAUACCAGUGGGAAGGAGCAACAAACUGCUUACAAUACUCUCCUGGAUCUGGGUUCCCCCACCUUACAUCGAGUCCUCUACCAUUAUAACCAGCACUAUGAGAGUUUUGGAGAAUUCACCUGGAGGUGUGAAGAUGAAUUAGGCCCCAGGAAAGCAGGCCUCAUCCUUUCCCAGCUUGGGGAUCUCAGCAGCUGGUGCAAUGGACUCCUCCAGGAACCCAAGAUAAGUUUGCGACGCAGCUCACUCAAGUACCUGGGUUGCCGCUAUAGUGAGAUCAAGCCGUAUGGACUUGAUUGGUCAGAGCUCAGCCGGGACCUCAGGAAGACAUGUGAGGAACAGACCCUGAGCAUCCCCUACAACGACUAUGGGGACAGCAAAGACAUCUAG